GGCAAUAUCCACAUUCUUGGCAAAAAAAAAAAAAAAAAAAAAAAGUCAAGAAGCACCAGGUAUCACCGGCGAAAUUGAACGUGGCAAAGAGCAGAAAUGCAGCAGAGCUUGAUCUGACUUGUCCUUGUGCUGGAAGCAUUUUCUUGCUCUUCGGGACUUAAUUGGGUGCUUUUCUCACGCUGUGAUAUGGCCAUUUCUAUCACUCUCCAGUGUCUGGGGCUCAUUAUACUCGCAGCAAUCCUCCUCCAGACCAUCGCGGUUGCCGUCAGUUUUAUGUACUUCAACAAAGUCCUGAAGACAGUGCAGGAGAGUUUCUCAAGGAGUAGCGUGUCCUGUGUGAUAAACGCAGAUCUGCACUCGGGGUUCGAAGAUUCAGCAGCCGACGACAAGAAGAGCGACCCCUGCUGGCAAGUCACGCAACAGCUCUACUACCACAUAGAGAAGACGAUGGCUGACAGAUUCCAGAAAGAGAUAUCCUCUGCUAUGAGAAUGUGUGUUUUCUUAUCCGCUUGUGUUUUCACAGAUAAGCUGACGGGAAUGCUGCCUAUCCUGAACCCUGGGGUCCCUCUUCCUAAGGUUGCAGCCCAUGUGACGGGUGUUGUCUCCUCCACAGAGUCUCCAACAGCAGAAGGCUCACAGAGCAGCAGGGGGUACCUAGGGGAGCGUAUCAGAACAUGGGAAGGCCAGAGAGGUCUUUCCUUCCUGCAGAACAUGGAGCUGAGAGGAGGAGAGCUGCUGGUGCCCAGAGCGGGCCUCUAUUACAUAUACGCACAAACCUACUUCAGACUGUCUUCCACGGGGGAGACAGAAGGGGAGGCAAAGGAUGAGACGGAGGAAACAAAGGAGGAAGAAGGAGCACAGCUUGUCCAGUAUAUCUACAAGAAGAUGAGUUCCUACACGGUGCCCAUCCUGCUGAUGAAAUCAUCCCGGAGUGCCUGCUGGCCUCGGGGUCAGGAGCCUGGCCUCUUCUCUCUGCAUCAGGCCGGUACCGCCUUUCUACAGCCUGCUGACCGCCUCUUCAUCACGGUUAGCAAUGCCAGCGCCAUGGAGAUGGACGGGAGGGCAAGCUACUUUGGGGCCUUCCUGGUGGGCUAAAGAGAGAGAGAGAAGGAUGGAUAGAAGAGCCCAGGACUGGGAUGACUUGAUUUAGACAUCUACAGAAGUUAACCCAAAUGUCAGGGGUUUGCGUGAUAAUAUGAGCAGCUGUCUGAGGAUACGGGAUUGGAGAAGGACAGACUGCUAGGAGUGCAAAAGGACUUCCUCAGGACUGGAGCUGUAGGGAUUCGAUCAAACCAAGCUGCAGUGGCAGACUCUCAGUUGCCCAAUAUGACAAGGAUGAAGAGCCAUUUGGUGUGUAUUUACUCCAGCAGUGACCAAUUAAUUGGUCACCGUUAAAACCUCACUCAGGAUAUUAAUUGUGUUUUUAAGACUGGCUAACAGAAUGUACUGCAUGAUAGAGCAAACACAGAUUAUCUGAUGCAUUCAGGGCACAAGGCAUUUGGAGCAAUACAAUAGAUCCAGAUCAAAUGUUGUGCGCUCAUGUGUGAAUGCCUUCAUUUGAGAGCAGAUUGGGCUGUUUUGCCUUCAGGUCAAACAGUGAACAGUUGAGUUGUCAUCCCCAGGAAAUGACGGUGGCGGUGUUGGACAAAUGAUACAAAACUGAUCUUUUAUCAGGAAUAGGAAUCAGAAAAAUAAAGGCCACAAGACAAGAUUUUUGGUUGUUCAGUAUAAGAAAUGGAGCUUCUUUUUUGUUUACGGUACUUAUGGUAGAAUUUCCUCUUUGUGCAAUGUCUUGAAAGAAUGUGUGGCAUGACACUGACUGUAAUGUCCUGGGGCCUUAAAGAGAAGCACUGAUCUUGUAUGAAUGGACUGAGUAUUAAAACUGUUUUCUGAUACAUUUACACUUCUAUAA